AUGGACCAAUUUCAAGAUUUGCACCUCGCCGACAACGAACGACUUCGUCACCUCGUAGAUGACCCUUUCGCUGACCACCCAGCACUUGACAAGCUCUCUCCUCCUCUUACGUCGGGUGAUCGUGUCAAGUUUCUCAUUGUUGGUGCCGGUAUGGGAGGUAUACUCAAUGCCAUCAGAUUGGUCCAAGCUGGUUUCUCUGCCGAUCAGAUUCGGAUCAUCGAGGUCGCUGGUGGCAUCGGAGGAACUUGGUAUUGGAACAGGUAUCCCGGACUUCAUUGCGACGUGGAGGCCUACAUAUACUUGCCGAUGCUUGAAGAGAUGGGAUAUGUGCCUCCACAAAAGUACGAGUCGGCUAUUGGGAUCCGGAGUUACCUAAUCUCCAUGGUCAAGAAAUACGGACUUGAAGACAAGAUCAUGUUCCGCACACAGUUGGAUGGUUUGCAAUGGGACGACAGCAUCCAAGCGUGGAAAGCAGAUAUGAGGACUGGGAGAGGGGAAAAUGGACAGGAGGAAAGCAUCCUUCGGGUGAAUGCCGAGUUUGUGUUUCUUACAGUUGGCCUUUUCCCUCUCCCUCAAGUGCCAAAGGUCCCCGGACUUGCCGGUUUCGAGGGACCGAUGUUUCACACCUGA